UCUGUACACACACACAGAAGACAGAGAAGAAGAGGAGAGGAGUCGACAGGAGAGGAAGAUGGCGUCCAUCCCCUGUGCUCUGAUAGUGUUGCUGAUCUGCCUGAGUCAGGACCACAUGGGUGUCCAAGGAGAGACUCCCACUGUCUUCUCCAGUGUGGGUGGGGAUGCCACUCUUCCCUGCAAUAAAGUGGUUCCUCCAGACUGCUCUUCUACUGAAUGGAUUUAUACUAUCCCUGGAGCUGUUGUAGAAGUGGUCAUCAAAGGAAAGAUCAAUCCUAAUGUAACCACACACAGAGCUAAGAGACUGAGUCUGCUCCUUAACUGUUCUCUCCACAUUACUGAUGUCACCACUGAGGAUGUUGGAAUCUACGACUGUAACAGUGAGCUGGUUUAUCUGUCUGUUCUUCAGGUCUCUGCUUCCCCCAGUGAGACUGAGAUGGAGGCAAACAGUAAUGUGACUCUCCACUGCGUCCUGCACACACCUGAAAACUGGCUUGGAGUAAAAGAAGGCUUUAGUCUGAGCUGGGCAGAUGAGACAAUGAAAAAUCUGCAGAAGAUUCUGAAUUGCAAGAUCAAAACCUCACCUCCCUGUUCCAUCACACGGACUAAGGAGCUCAGAGGAUCAAACUCUGUUCAUACUCAGACCUGCCAGCUGACUGCAGGAGGGCAGGUUCAGACUUCUGUCUCCCACACCAUCAGAGUGAAAGGUGUUAUACCCUCAACUUUUUCUGCCUCUGUAUUGAAAUCCUCUCGCCGAAUGGAAACUGUCACCACUGCUUCCUCAAACUCAAACUCAACCUCAGGCCCAUCAGGUGCAGCAUGA